AUGGGCUGCCUUGAUACAGCCGGGUGGUAUCUCGUAGUGAAAGAUUUGGUGAAUACUCGCUCUCGGGCAGGCACCAAAGGAAGAAACAAAGGGGAAUUUACAAAUCUUCAAGGUGUAGCUGCAUCUACAAAUGGAAAAAUAUUAAUAGCAGACAGUAACAACCAGUGUGUGCAGAUAUUUUCCAAUGAUGGUCAGUUCAAAAGCCGUUUUGGCAUACGAGGAAGGUCUCCCGGCCAGUUGCAGCGGCCAACAGGAGUGGCUGUGCAUCCCAGUGGUGACAUCAUUAUUGCAGAUUAUGAUAACAAAUGGGUUAGCAUAUUCUCAUCAGAUGGAAAAUUUAAGGCCAAAAUUGGCUCUGGAAAGCUCAUGGGCCCUAAAGGUGUUUCUGUGGAUCGCAAUGGCCACAUCAUUGUAGUGGACAAUAAAGCAUGCUGUGUCUUCAUCUUCCAGCCGAAUGGGAAAAUAGUCACCAGGUUUGGUAGUCGAGGAAAUGGUGACAAGCAAUUUGCAGGUCCUCAUUUUGCAGCUGUAAACAGCAACAAUGAAAUUAUCGUUACAGAUUUUCAUAACCAUUCUGUCAAGGUAUUUAACCAGGAGGGAGAAUUCAUACUGAAGUUUGGAUCAAAUGGAGAAGGAAAUGGACAAUUUAAUGCACCAACUGGAGUAGCUGUAGAUUCUAAUGGGAACAUUAUUGUAGCAGAUUGGGGAAACAGCCGAAUACAGGUUUUUGAUGGAAGUGGAUCAUUUUUAUCCUACAUUAACACCUCUGCUGACCCACUUUACGGUCCCCAAGGUCUGGCCCUGACUUCAGAUGGCCAUGUUGUAGUUGCAGACUCUGGAAAUCACUGCUUCAAGGUCUAUCGAUACUUACAAUAGCAAUGCGCUCUGGAGCUGGAUAAUCGUCCAUCCUUAAGAAAAGACUGGUCCUAGAGAUCCAAUGCAGGAUAUCUCCAACUUUGAGUUCAUUUUUAAUAACGAAGGAGUCUGUUAUGGGCUUCUCAUGUUAAUUUCCAAACUUCCCCUGUUUACAUAGGACUUGCACCUCUUGCGUUUCUCACUGAACUUUUUGUUGUAAGGGUUAAUACACAAAAUCCUCUUUAACUGAAUUCAUAAAGACAACAUGAUAUUAAAUGCAAACUGCAACUUAUGGAACUGGAAUUAACUAAUUAGGCAAAAAUGAGCAAAAUUUGGGAAAAAUCUCCAAAGCUUUUUGAAGACUGCGAAGGGUAGCUCCUGCUCAGAGCUUCCAAAUUUGAGGAAGUAUCAUUGUUAUGCAUUAUUUAACCCAGAGGUGAUCCUGGGAAUCUUCUAGAUCUCAUUAUCAUGGUAGGUAUUACACUUUUAACAUUCUUCAGUCUUACUAUCUAUAACAAGUAGGUCCUUUUAGCAUAAGGUUAAGUCUCACAAAAUCCGUCUAGCUCUAACCGUCAGACCUAACACAGCUC